UGGGUGGAUUUAAGCCCUUCGCCACGCCCUCUCGGAUCAGAGCUGCCGCCCGGGAGCUUUUGCCUCGAGCUGCUUGAGCCACCCUCUUUGGGCCAGUCCAGCUCCUGUGGGCCUCCGCCGGAGCCCGUUGCUCGCCGGGAGAUUCUCUCGUGGAGCCGCUUCUGCCAUGGCAGGAAAAGCUCACAGACUGAGUGCGGAGGAGAGAGAGCAGCUGCUGCCCAACCUGCGUGCCGUGGGCUGGAAUGAGGUGGAAGGCCGAGACGCCAUCUUCAAGCAGUUCCACUUUAAGGACUUCAACCGGGCUUUUGGGUUCAUGACAAGAGUCGCCCUGCAGGCUGAAAAACUGGACCACCACCCGGAAUGGUUUAACGUCUACAACAAGGUCCACAUCACGCUGAGUACCCACGAGUGUGCGGGCCUGUCCGAGAGGGACAUUAACCUGGCCAGCUUCAUUGAGCAGGUGGCCGUGUCUCUGGCGUAGACCUUCUCCCCUUCCCUCACCCCACGGUCACUUCCACCUCCAUAAGCCAGGAAACCUUCGCCAAUGGACACAAUCAGCAGUCCCAGAGCGGGUUGGUGGGGAACGGACAGCAGGUGUGACGCGAGAUGUUCCCUCGUCCUCGGCACCAGGCCCCGCUGCCUUGGCCCGUUCCUAGCCUCCCCCUACUGUGCCAAGUCCAGCGGGUGGGUUGGCUCCAGGGCAGCCAAGCCUUGUCCCUCCUCAAAGCCUGGGAACACGGCAGUGAAGGGAUGGUUCCCCGCCACGGUUUGCUCCUGCUGGCCUGUUGAACGGGUCACCAGGAGCUACUGAAAGGGCAGCCCCCGGGGUCCUGUGCCCCGUCCCUCGAGACCCUUGAAACCCACUGUGAUGGGCAGCUGUGACCUCCCCCUCCAAUAAAGCUCUGUAAGCCGCC